AUAGGGCAUGAGAAGGAUGAUCUGCGAUUGAUGGUUGUUCGGAUGCAAGGGGAGGGGUUUCACAACAUACCCAUGGGCUGUUCAACGGUGGGGUAGUCGUAGUCCAACUCGCCGCCAAGCAGGUUGAGCCACUCCUUCAGGUUGAGCACGCGAUCAUCCAUGAAGUCGCUGGGGCCACCCUCGAUGAUGAGGAUGCGCUUGUUGGGCAGGUAUUCAGCCAGACGACUGGCGAUGACACAGCCAGCUGUGCCACCUCCGACGAUGACAUAGUCGUAGCUGUUGACAUCGCUAGCGGGGAAUUCGUUUGUGGUGGCCAUUUUGAAAGAUGAAGAUAAGGGGAUGUGAAUUACUUUGAUGCAGGGGAGAUCAGAAAAGGAGAGGAGAUUAUGGAAGAAGAGGGGAAGAAGGAUAAGAGAUAAGGAUGAGGAGAAGAAGAGGGACGCGCGAUGGAGAGAGGAAAAAGUAGAGAAAAAGAGGGAAAGAGAAGUUGGGAGAGAUGAAAUUGGGGGUUUUAAAUUUUGCAGGACAAGCAAGAGAUGCGGUGGUUUCUGAGGCUGAACCGUCAGGCCAUCAAAUCCAUCCAUUCAUCCAUUCACUUCCCUAUCUUUCUGUAUUCCUUAUGCUGUUUGGCCUCGUCUUGUUCCUUUCUCACUCGUUUUUCUCACCAUUCUUUCCCUUUUCUGCCGGAGAAACAGGACCCACAUCUCUUUACUCCACCGCAUCUUUUUCUCAAUCAAUCUUGGCUUCUGAGUGGUGGACCAGAGAUUUGGUGGGUCUAUUAGUCAAAGCCAAGACUCACGGCAAAGGCGGAACAAAUUUCGGGAUGCGUAAGCGCUUUGGCAUGCCAAAACUGUUACGUGAUCUACUCAUCCCCCGGAUUGUUACUCAAUCUUCCCCAAGAUUUAGCCAGGUAGUUGGACCGCAGAAUCAGCGGAACAACAAUCUGCCCGUCGUGGAUGGUAACCGGGCGGGCACUCCACACGAGAUCCAAACACUAGGACACGCCACGAUCCCGCCUACUAGUUGGGCGCUAACCAACGGUUAUUUCCAUCGGAGAUGCAGGGCCGAGGCGAAUCCCGGGAUCGGAUUGCCUGCUUUGGUGCGAAAGUUGGAACAAGUUGAGGGGAGGAAAGAAGCGAUAGGGAGAGAGGGAGAGGGGAAGGGAGAGAAAAAGGCUGGGCCUGUAUACAGAUACCGCAUUGAGCCAUAG